AUGGAGGAUGCAAGCUCAGCAGCUUCCCUUCCUUCUGUGAUCCCGAGCAACGUGUCUGCAAGUGCCCCACCAGUGGAGGAUGCAAGCUCAGCAGCUUCCCUUCCUUCCGUGAUCCCGAGUGAUGUGUCUGCAAGUGCCCCACCAAUGGAGGAUGCAAGCUCAGCAGCUUCCCUUCCUGCCGUGAUCCCGAGUGAUGUGUCAGCAAGUGCCCCGCUAAUGGACAAUGCUAGCUCAGCAGCUUCCCUUCCUGCCGUGAUCCCAAGUGACGUGUCUGCAAGUGCCCCACCAAUGGAGGAUGCAAACUCAGCAGCUUCCUUUCCUUGUGUGAUCCCGAGUGAUGUGUCUGCAAGUGCCCCACCAAUGGAGGAUGCAAGCUCAGCAGCUUCCUUUCCUUGUGUGAUCCCGAGUGAUGUGUCUGCAAGUGCCCGACCCAUGGAGGAUGCGAGCGCAGCAGCUUCCCUUCCGACCGUGAUCCCAAGUGAUGUGGCUGCAAGUGCCCCACCAGUGGAGGAUGCAAGCUCAGCAGCUUCCCUUCCUUGUGUGAUCGCAAGUGACGUGUCUGCAAGUGCCCCGCCAAUGGACAAUGCUAGCUCAGCAGCUUCCCUUCCUGCCGUGAUCCCUAGAGAUGUGUCUGCAAGUGCCCCUCCACUGGACCAUGCUAGCUCAGCAGCUUUCCUUCCUGCCGUGAUCCCCCCUGCAAGUGCCGUGUCUGCAAGCGCUGCAGCAAUUGACUAUCCUAGCCCUGUGUCAAGUGCCCCACGAAUUGACAAUGCUAGCUCAGCAGCUUCCUCUGUGAUCCCGAGUACUGUCUUAGCAGCUUCCCUGCCAGCCUAUCAGGAUGCUGUGGUCUGUCAGCCGGUAGCCCCACAUGUGAACGAAGACCCUUCAAAGCUUCACGCUCCCACUGACACACGUGCCUCCUCUGCAAAGCUGUUCAAGCGAAGUGGAUCCACUGUCAGCGCCGACCUGUCGCUCAAGCUUGCACGUUUGCAGGAGUUGAAGCAUCUCGGUGUUGAUCCUACGACCACGGACACCUUGCAGUACGAUGCAUCUCAAGCAGCCGAAGCCUUCACCACUGCCAGCGCUGAUGCCAAAGCCGAGAUGGAGACCUCGAAAACGCAUGAUUUCUCAGUGAUGGAUUUCAAGGCUGUGCUCGACCGCAAGAAGCAGUUUGAAAUCGACGAAACUGCGUGCCGUGGCAGAGGUCGUGGCCGUGGGAAGGCACAGCAUGUGAACAAGAAGCCAGCUGCUCGAGGUGGCAGAGGGCGUGGUCGAGGUAGGGGUGUGGAGGGCAAACAAGCCCCUGAUGCGCUUCGGAAGCGGAAGAUGGAGGCUGAGGCCAGUGAGGAGGAUGUGGACGCUGUCGACAACUCGGAUGGCGUGGACGAAGAGCCUUUGGAGAAAGACAGCGACGAGGCCGAGAAAUCGGCUGGUGACAGCGAGGAGGCUGCCGACGUGCCCAGUGGCAAAAGUGGCAAGGGCAAAGGUGGCAAGGGCAAAGGUGGCAAGGGCAAAGGCAAAAGGAAGGCAGUGGAGCCUGUUGAGAAAGGCGACGAUGAGGCCGCCAACCGUGCUGCCGACGAAAACAAAGGCAAACGUGGCAAGGGCAAGGGCAAAGGCAAGAAAAAGGCAGUGCAAGAGCUGUGUGAAGAGAAGCAGGCCGACGAGGGCAAAAGCAAAGGCCAAGGCAAAAAGAAGCAAGCAGCCAAGCCGCCGAUGUCUGCGUCUGCAAAGGCAAAAGCGCAUGCAAAAGCAAAGGCAAAGGCCAAGCUGUCAAGUGCCAACAAGAAGCAGAGCUCGGAGAAGCCAAAGGCCUCGACAAAGCUCGAGUCGGAGGAGAAGGUCAAAGCUUUUGCUCGCAGGUGGAGACCCGAAGGGUCCCAGGCUGCGGCCGAGUGGACAGCGAUCAGAGAUGCAUAUGACAGCAGGAUUUGCCGGCAUAUCCAGUUCGAUGGCCCAGCACAGUACGCGUUCUGGGCCCGUGUCAAGCCUUUGUUCGCUGGCAAGAACCUGAGCCCUCAGGAGCUGAUGGAAGUGGCAAUAAGCCAGGUGGAACCGUUCUUGCGCGACUUCGUCGAGCAGUGA